CAUCUAGGUAUCCUUAUUUAAUAUUUGAUGAACAACAAGGAUAAAGGAUACAUACAGCUGAGUUUCUGAACUCAGCCUCUAUACUACACUAGAUCUUCAUGUCACGUUAUUGUCAUAUUAUGCAGUUGAGUUACACGUGGAUGAUAUCAGAUGUGAUAAUAUCAUAAUAUAAGAUUAUGAUAUAUUUGUUCAUAAUUAUAUGAAAAUCCAAAUUUACUCUUCGUGAGAGAAUAAUAUAUCACAGUGUAGAUAUGUCGGGAAAAAUACGAAAAGAAAAAAAGGAGCUUAUGAAGGCGAAGAAAAUUCUGCAUCCAAAUAGUCGAAAAGUAAAUGCGAUCGUUAAACGGACUCAUAAAGCUAUAAGUCGGCAAAAAUCUAAAUGGUCAAGUAUGAUAAAACAACAAUUAAUAGGAGAAAAGUUGAUGUGGCUUAAACAAAAUAUGUGUCCAGAUUUAUGUCCAUAUAUGGAAACUGACAUAGUAAAACUACUUGUAAAAUAUAUUGGAAGAAAUGACGAGGAAUUGGAGCAAAUUGAAAUAAAACAUUCUAUAGGAAAAAGAGGUAGACAGCAUGCCAAUAGGCAAGAUAUAAUAUUGAUGAGCAAAAAGGAAGAGCAGACACAAUUGGAUACCUGUGGAAUUGGUAAUAUUUAUUAUUGUUAUUAGUUCCCAUACAUACAUAUACAUAUCUUUCCUGU